AUGCUGCACAUCCUCGCAGGACAACUGUCCCCACGCGUGAACGCGGGGCCCCAGCCCGGGGGCGACUCCGGCCGGCAACAAGAGGUAACGCGACACCCUCCACACGGGCGGAACAGAGCGGCCGCGCCGCAGCGGGCCCUCCCCAACCCCUUCGCCGACUACGACAAGUCGCUGGCCACGGGCUACUUCGACCCCGCGGGGCGGCUGACGCCCGAGUUCACGCAGCGCCUGAACAACAAGAUCAGGGAGCUGCUGCAGCAGGUGGAGAGGGGUCUGAAGUCCGCGGAUGCCCGCGACGGCACGGCCUACACGGGCUGGGCAGGCAUUGCCUUGCUGUACUUGCACCUGCACGAUGUGUACGGAGACCCGGCCUACCUGCAGGCGGCCCACGAGCACGUGAAGAAGAGCCUGAGCUGCCUGAGCAGACGAUCCAUCACGUUCCUGUGCGGAGACGCCGGGCCCCUGGCCGUGGCUGCUGUCACCUACCACAGACUGCAGAACCCCAAGCAGGCCGAGGACUGCGUCACUCGCUUGCUCCACCUGCACAAGGCCGACCCCCGCGUGCCGGAUGAGCUGCUCUACGGGCGCGUGGGCUACCUCUACGCCUUGCUGUUUGUGAACAAGCACUUCGGGGAGGAGAAGAUCCCACAGAGUCACAUUCAGCAGGUCUGUGAAGCAGUUGUGGCCUCAGGAGAGAACUUGGCCAAAAGGAGGAACUUCACAGCCAAGAGCCCACUCAUGUACGAGUGGUACCAGGAGUACUUCGUAGGGGCAGCCCAUGGCUUGGCUGGGAUUUAUUACUAUCUCAUGCAGCCUGGCCUCGGAGUGAGCCAAGUGAAGCUGCACAACAUGGUCAAACCCAGCGUGGAUUACGUCUGCCAGCUCAAGUUCCCUUCAGGCAAUUACCCUCCAUGCAUCAAUGACACCAGGGACCUGCUCGUGCACUGGUGCCACGGGGCACCGGGUCUUAUCUACAUGCUCAUUCAGGCCUACAAGGUGUUCGGGGAGGAGCGGUACCUGAGCGACGCGCUGCAGUGCGCGGAGGUCAUCUGGCAGCACGGGCUGCUGAAGAAGGGCUACGGGCUGUGCCACGGCACGGCCGGCAACGCCUACGGCUUCCUCGCGCUCUACAACCUCACCCAGGACAUGAAGUACCUGUACAGGGCCUGCAAGUUUGCAGAGUGGUGUUUAAGCUAUGGCCAGCACGGGUGCCGGACGCCAGACACUCCGUUCUCGCUCUUUGAAGGAAUGGCUGGAACAAUCUACUUUCUGGCUGACCUGCUGGUGCCGAGCAAGGCCAAGUUCCCUGCGUUUGAACUCUAAACCCGAGCUUGGAAUUCAAGUCCUUCUGCACUUGGAAAAGCAGUUCAAAGUUGCUUUCUCCUAUUUCCAGACUCAUCGUUUACCUACUGAACGUAAAUCCGUCCUCAUGA